AUGGAUCAUUUACGGACGAGGCCGGGUGUGCUGCUACUCGUCCAUGUACUUUUUUUGUUCACCCUCAAACGCAUUGGCGCAUCAGAGGCGGAGAAAAGGCUCCUGGACUAUCUGCUCCAGAAAAACAGAUACAACAAAGACAUUCGCCCGGCCAUCAAUAACUCGCAGCUGGUUACAAUCGCCUUUCACAUCUCCCUGUGCCAGAUCGUCAAUGUCGAUGUAAGGGAGCAGAUAAUGACGACCAACUUGUGGCUCAUCCAGGAGUGGGUUGACUACCGGCUCAGGUGGGCCCCAGCUGACUAUGAAGGAAUGGACGCGACGCGGCUGCCCUCCAAAGAGAUCUGGCUUCCCACUAUCGGCCUUAACAAUAAUGCUGACGGCGAAUACAGGGUUCCCUUACACAGCAACGCCAUAGUGUCCUCGGAUGGGAACGUCACAUGGAAGCCGCCUGCCAUCUAUAAAAGUUCCUGCAAGAUCAACGUCAAGCACUUCCCAUUUGACCAGCAGAAUUGCACCAUUACGUUUCGCCCCUUGGUCUGUGACCACAACGAGAUCGACCUGGUGCUCAAGCACGACUUGGCAAAGUUGGACGACUUCACUCCAAGCGGCGAGUGGGACAUCGUGUCCUUGCACGGCCGCAAAAACAAGGACCCUUCUGACCCCGCGUGCGUAGACAUCACCUACGACUUCAUCAUCAAGAGGAAACCUCUCUUCUACACCAUCUACUUCAUCAUACCAUGCGUGCUCGUCAGCUUUCUCACAAUCCUCGUCUUCUACCUGCCGUCUGACUGCAGCGCGAAGAUGACUCUGUGCCUCUCCGUGCUGCUCGCUCUCACCGUGUUCCUGCUGCUCAUCUCCAAGAUCGUGCCGCCCACGUCCCUGGACGUCCCGCUCAUCGGCAAAUACCUGAUGUUCAACAUGGUGCUGAUCACCUUUUCCAUCGUGACGAGCGUCUGCGUCCUGAACGUGCACCACCGAUCUCCGAGCACGCACACCAUGCCGAACUGGGUCAAGAAGGUCUUCCUGCACAAGCUGCCCAUGCUCUUGUUCAUGCAGCGGCCCAAGAACAGCUCGGCACGCGACCGCAUGAGACAAAAACAUUUGGGCGCCUCGUUCGCGAGCAAGGUGCACGGCGAGGGUGCGGACGCGUGCUUCGUGAACCCGGCGUCCGCCAACAAGUACGGCUUCAAAAUGCAGGACCUCUCGGGCCCCUUCCGGAACAUUUCCGAGCUGAGGUUCCGCACCUCGUCCAAGUGGACGCCCGAGAUGCAGGAAGCCGUGGACGGGGUCAGGUUCAUCGCGGACCACACGCGCAGCGAGGACGAAGACCAGAGCGUGAUCGAGGACUGGAAGUACGUGGCCAUGGUGAUCGACCGCCUCUUCCUGGAGAUAUUCGUGGUGAUGUGCGUGAUUGGGACCGUGGGGAUAUUCCGACAGCCGCUGUUUCAGAACUAAACGACACCAACCAUCGCUUAGCUAUUAAAAUGGGGGGUGGGAGCUUCCCACAGCGGCAAACAACAACCGCCCCCUCCCCCCAUAGCCGUCCUCACCCAUACCUUUGGAAAUGACUUAAUUGCUUUUAAUAUACCAAAACGACACUCAUACGUGUCAUGUAUAUGGAUAUACAGUACACAUUUCUCUAAACCGAGCUUUGUAUAAAAGUACGUGAAAAUUCAAGCA